AUGCGUCUCCCGCAGCCGCAGGUGCGCAAGGAGCGGGCGGAGAAGCUGGCGCCGUACAGCCUUCAUUCAGGGCGGCCCGUCAACAUCACCAUCAUCAUUGCCCAUCAUAAUCACCCGACCCUGGGGUUUGGAGCCCCAGAGAGAGUGCUCAGAGGGCUCCCUUGGCUGGUUCGUCUUCCCCAGUACAUCAACGCCAUCUCCAGCCCGAGACACAUCAAGGUCAACAAGGAGGGCAUCGCAGCGUUUGACCUGGAGCUGGAGCUCAAGAGUUCUGAGAACCAGCUUUACCUGUAUAAGGAUGGCGAGACGGCCGCCUGUGGCUGUGACAAGCAGACCAAGCACUGCCUGCAGCAUCUGGGGAAGCACCACCAGAUCCGAGACCCGCGGCCGGAGGACGCUGGCGUUUGCCAGGCCCGGGCGCCGGACGCCGCGGGCUCCACGGCCAGCGGUGAGUGGUCUGCCCUGCCGAAGUCUGAGUCGGGGGGCGCCCAUUUGGCGGUCCCGCCGGCCGGUGCCCCCUGUGAGCAGCCGGGCAACGCGGUCCUCGAGGGCACUCUCUCUGGCCCCUGCCCCAGCUCCACCUGGCAUUUCCGGCACUGGCCGCUCCGGCUGAGUGACAGAUACGGGCUGCGCGUGUCCAGUGACGGGCUGACCCACCAGCUUCUGGUGAGAAGGGCCUGUUUCUCAGACAGGGGCCUCUACUCCCUCGGCGCCAAGCUCCUCGCCUGCAGCGCCUGGCUGCUGGUUGAAGCUGGGAAGGAUAAAAGCCUUCUGACCGCGAGCGCUGACCACCAGCAGCAGUCUAGAUUCGCCGGCAAAGAGGGCGGGUCAGGCGUCCGCGGCCAGAGGACGGAUGCCACCCGGAGUCCCGGAUCCAGACACAAGCCUGGCGCUGGCGGUUUCGCCGAGGAGGCGCGAGGCCACUUCUCCCAGGGCCUGGCUGACCUGGAGGUGCGGCGCGGGGAGGCUGCGGUGCUCUCCUGCACCCUCACCAGCGACCUGGGACCCGGAGCCUGGUUUAAGGAUGGGGUCAAGCUCAGCGCCGGGGACGGAGUCGCCUUGGAGCAGGAGGGGCUGGAGCGCAGGCUCCUCGUUGCCCACGCGGAGGGGCGCCAGGCUGGGAGGUACAGCUUUGUGGCCGGCGAGCAGCGGAGCGAGGCCACGCUGACCGUCCACGAGCCCCCGGUCAUCGCUCCCGACGUGACGGCGAGGCUGAGGGAGCCGCUGGUGGUCAAGGCGGGGAAGCCGGUGACCAUGAAGGUCGCCUUCCAGAGCUGCCUCCCGGUCCAGGCCACCUGGAGCAAGGACGGGGCCGAGGUGGCCGGCGGCGACAGCGGAGGGGCCCGGGUGGCAGUGGGGGACGGCUUCGCGCGCCUGUGCCUCCCCAGCGCCAGCAGGGAGGACUGCGGCCAGUACGGCGUGACUCUGACCAGCAAGGGCGGCUCCGUGCAGGCCGAGCUCACCCUGCAAGUCCUAGACAAGCCUCAGCCCCCACAGGGCCCCCUGGAGGUGCGGGACGGCCACGGGGCUGGCGUCUGCCUCCGCUGGCGGCCCCCGAGGGACGACGGGGGCCAGGCCCUGCAGCGCUACGUGGUGGAGAGGCGGCAGGCUGGCCUCGGCACUUGGCUGAAGGUGGACGAGCCCCCCGCGGACAGCACCACGUUCACAGACGCCCAGGCGGAACAGGGCAAGAAGUACAGCUUCCGCGUGCGGGCCGUGACCGCGGAGGGGCCCGGGGAGGCCCUGGAGUCCGACGAGGCGCUGGUGGCUCCCGAGGUUCUGCCCGGGCCCCCUCCCCCGCCAGCCAUCCUGUCGGCCUCCAGCCAAAGCAUCACCCUGUCAUGGACGGCACCUCGGGGCCCGGGCAGUGCCCACAUCCUGGGCUACCUGAUCGAGAAGCGCGAGAAGGGAAGGAGCGCGUGGGUGGCAGUGAGCCGGCAGCCGGUGCCUGGGAAGGAGUGGACGGUGCCGGACCUGAGGCAGGGCCGUCAGUACGAGUUCCGGGUCACAGCCGUGGCCCCCUCUGGCCCCGGGGAGCCUGGGCCCCCAUCGGACGCCGUCUUUGCUCGGGACCCCAUGAGACCCCCCGGGCCCGUGAGGGACCUCCAGGUCACGGACACGCUGCACACCAGCAUCACCCUGAGCUGGGCCCAACCGGACCCUCGGGACGGGGACGAAGCGCUGGGCUACGUGGUCGAGCUGGGCGACUCCGCCGGCCUGCAGUGGAGGCCGUGCCACGCCGGCACCGUGCCGGGCCCUGCCUACACGGUCAAGGGGCUGCGGCCUCGGGAGGGCUACUUCGUGCGGGUGACAGCCGUGAACGAGGGGGGCCGAGGCCCGCCCACCGCCCUGGACACCGUGGUGCAAGCCGUGCCCGUCAGCGUCUGUCCCAAGUUCCUCAUGGGCGCCAGCACGAAGGACUCGCUGACGGUCAGAGCUGGGGACACGGUUCGUGUACCUGUCCACUUUGAGGCCGCCUCCAUGCCGGACGUGACCUGGCUAAAGGAUGGCUUGCCCUUGCCUAAAAGAAGCGUGACCUCCAUCGAGGAUGGCCUCACCCAGCUCCUGGUCCCCGCGGCCAGCCUCGCUGACAGCGGCCUCUACACUGUGGUGCUGAGGAGUCCGCGGGGGGAGGAGGCCACCUACAGCUUCCGCCUCAGGGUGGCAGCGCGCCCACGGGCCCCGGGGCCCAUCGUCCUGAGGGAGGGCACGCUGGGCUCGGUGGUCGUCGAGUGGGCGCCGUCCCCGGACGAGGCCGACGGCAGGGCCGCCCCGCUGCACUACACGCUGCUGACGCGCCCCUCCGCGCGCGCGCCCUGGCGCCCCGCGGCCGAGCGCCUGCACACCUGCCGCUUCACCCUGGUGGGCGUCCUCCCGGGCCACGAGUACCACUUCCGCGUGGUGGCCGAGAACGAGCUGGGCGCCAGCGAGCCCUCGGACACGCGCCAGCCCUGGGUCGUCCCGCGGCAGCCGCCAGACAGGGUCACGGUGAAGGCUCCCAGGUACCAGGAGCCCGACCUGAGCCAGAAGCCCCGCUUCCUGGUGGGCCUGCGGACCCACCUGCUGCCCCUGGGCUGUGAGUGCUGCAUGAGCUGCGCCGUGCAGGGCUGGCCGCGGCCCCGCGUCACCUGGUUCAAGAACGACCAGAGCCUGGCGGGCGACCCCGCCGUGUACAGCACCGACCUGCUAGGCGUGUGCUCCCUGGUCAUCCCCAGCGUCUCGGCCGAGGACGGUGGCAAGUACAAGGCGGUGGCCGAGAACGCACUGGGCCAGGCCGUCAGCAGCGCCACCCUCAUCGUCUUGGAAUCUAGCUCUGAGCCCGGACACACCCUGGAGCGGCCCAGCCCGUCCCCACAGCCUUGGGAUGAAGGCAGAUCCUCGAAGCUUCACGCCUCGCUCCGCACUGGCCUGGGGAGGCGGUCCCAGGGGCUGGGGGAUGCUGGCAGGGCCCAGACCCCCAGGGAGAGGGGCCUGAGGGGGGUCCUGGGGAAGUGCCUCCCGGGGGGCACGGAGGCUGUGGGGAGGACAAGGAGGAAGGGGGCGUUCAGCCUCCCAGCCCCAAGCUAA